GAGCGAACUUCCGCGGGGCGGUGGGGCCGCCAUGGCGGCAAAAACUCCUCCUGAUAAUACUCCAAGAAGGCCUGUUUUAUCUGUCAGUGCAAGAAAAAUUAAAGAUAAUGCAGCAGACUGGCAUAAUUUAAUGAUGAAAUGGGAGAGACUGAAUGAUAAUGGAUUUACUACGGCAAACAAAAUAGUCAACAUGAGGAUCAGUGAGCAAUUUCAAGACAACAAACUGGAGAUAGCAUGUGAUAACAAUGCCACAGAACCUGAAAAGCCAACCCCAAAAUACAAUGAAGAGUUGGACAAUUGUUGUGCAGAAUUACUAGAGACCUUAAAGCAUAUGACAAAAAUACAACUGAAAAUGGAAAAGCUUACUUCAACUACUAAAGCGAUCUGUGACUUGGAAACAUUCCACCAUGGAGCUGGGAAUUGCACAGCACCCUUCUUUCAUACAUGGCCCACACCAUACUUCUAUGAGGUUUGUCUGAAGCUCUCUGAAAUGUACAAGAAGGAACUAAAACUCAAGCAAACAAUUGUGCAAGACAUUGCUCAUUCUGCUGACCAGGAUCUGAUGAUGGUGUAUUUAUCAUCAUGGUUGUAUCAGCCUUACAUUGAGAACAGCAGCACACUGCUGCUUGAAGCCAUGCUGCUGGAAACAGGACACAGGCAGUGCUAGAAUUCCAAAGGUUACAUGGCUGGGUUCUAGUGAUGCUUACAUGAAACUGAAUUGGCAAAUUGCAA